AUGUUUCCUCGCCUGGGUAUGAUGGGAACCUUUUUUGGCGUGCGGGGAAGGGAAUUUGUGUGGAUGAUAAACGUUUCUAAGGCGAAGGAGGUGGCGCGAAAAUAUUUCAACUGCCCCACGGCCGAAGGACUGGAAAUGGAGAGCACAGGUUGGGGAUCUGCUUCACACUUUUCAAUUCGCGUCGCGAAGGGCGACAUGAUGGGGCCUGGAUACAGUCCUCUGGUGUACAGCGAACUGUCACUUGCAGUUUUCGAUAGCAUGCCAUUUUACAAAGCAAAUUUUGACAAGGCCGAACCACUGGUGUGGGGUAAGAACGCCGGCUGCGACUUUCUGGAGAAGAAGUGCCUGGAAAAUGGUGUGAGCCCUAACCCCGAGAUCUUCUGCAACCGCUCUCGCUCAUCGGACAUGUACUUCUGCACACCCGAUCGUAUGGGUCUUGGGUAUUGUACACUGAAAACAUAUUACAGGGCACUUCCCGAGCCCUUCCAGUACUUCAAGGACAAGCGAAUGGGUGGCGAUUUACGCGCGUUGGACUACUGUCCUUAUGUUGAAGCAUACAGUGAUACCACGUGCACUUCAGGCUUUCACCUUCAAUCCCGUGGAAGCUUUAUUGGCGAAAACGCACGUUGUGUAAAAGGCGUUGAGCUAGAAAUCUCGGGAAAGUCUGUUGGUGAUGUGUGCGUGAAUACCAAGUGCGACAAUGGCAUUCUAAGCGUGCAGUUUCUGGGUGAUGAUGAUGAUGAGUGGCACGUAUGUGAGGAGAAGAAGGAAAUCAUUCCGAAUAAGGAAAACUGGUCAGGAAAGAUUAUCUGCCCCAGGUACGACGCGGUGUGCACCAAGCUCCCCGACAUCACCAUUCCUCUGAAAGAGCUACCUUACCAGGAUGGCGACUACAAACCUGCUCCUGGAAACAUUACGUGGAACAAAACUGAAACUCCCAGUUCCGAUCCUUUGCCCCAUCCAGCGCCAGAACCAACCAUGGAAACUGUUGGGGCACCACAUGUUGAGAAAGAACCAAGUUCGUCUUAUCCUAAUGUACCCACUGACUCAUCGGGAUCCACAGAUACGACCACACCGGUGCAGAGAGAUGUUUUUGAGAAGGAAAGGAUUGACUCUCCGACAUCCACUGCUCAUUCUGAAACAAUGCUCGACCAAAACGAAAAACACCAUGAUGGGCUGGAUGGCAGUCAACAUGGAUCU